CGCCGCGCGCCCCCUGGCGGGCGGCGGGCGCUCCGCCGGACCCGCCGCGGCGGCAGGGCCAGCGCAGGAAGAUGAACAGAACUGAAUUUUAGGACCUAACUCCUGAUGGGCUGGAUUUUAUCUUGGCAGGAGGUUUUGAAGAUUGAUACAGUGAGAGAAGCAACAGCCAAUGGCUUCAGAAUCCAUGGUCCCUGAACAGGCAAAACAACAUCUGAUAAAGGGGAAAAGGCGGCAGCAGCAGCAAACUCAGCCUUCCAGCAGUGAUGGGGAUGAGGAUGUCUUUGUGUUUGAGGCAAAUGAGGCUUGGAAGGAUUUUCACAGCUCUCUUCUUCACUUCUUUGAAGCUGGAGAGCUCUGUGAUGUUACACUGAAGGUUGGUUCAAAGCUAAUCUCCUGCCACAAACUGGUGCUAGCUUGCGUUAUCCCGUACUUCCGAGCCAUGUUUCUUUCGGAAAUGGCUGAAGCCAAGCAGAAGCUGAUCGAGAUCAGGGACUUUGAUGGCGAUGCCAUCGAGGACCUGGUGAAGUUCGCAUACUCCUCGCGGCUCACGCUGACGGUGGAUAAUGUGCAGCCCCUCCUGUACGCCGCCUGCAUCCUGCAGGUAGAACUGGUGGCAAAGGCCUGCUGUGAAUACAUGAAGCUGCACUUCCACCCCUCCAACUGCCUGGCAGUCAGGGCGUUUGCCGAGAGCCACAACCGCAUCGACCUGAUGGACAUGGCUGAUCAGUUUGCUUGUGAACAUUUCACAGAAGUGAUGGAGUGCGAGGACUUUGUGAGUGUGUCACCACAGCAUCUCCAUAAACUCCUGUCCUCCAGUGACCUGAAUAUUGAAAAUGAAAAGCAGGUUUACAAUGCUGCUAUCAAGUGGCUGCUGGCCAAUCCACAGCAUCACACUAUGUGGCUGGAUGAGAUCCUUGCACAGGUACGGCUGCCUCUCUUGCCCAUUUGUUUCCUUAUGGGUGUUGUGGCAAAGGAAGAGAUUGUCAAGCAGAAUCUAAAAUGUAGGGAUUUGCUGGAUGAAGCAAGGAACUACCACCUUCACCUGAGCAGCAGGGCAGUGCCUGACUUUGAGUACUCCAUUCGCACAACACCAAGGAAGCAGACUGCUGGUGUGCUGUUCUGUGUCGGUGGCAGAGGUGGAUCAGGUGACCCCUUCCGCAGCAUCGAGUGUUACUCCAUCAGUAAGAACAGCUGGUUCUUUGGCCCUGAAAUGAACAGCAGGAGGAGGCACGUGGGUGUGAUCUCUGUGGGAGGUAAAGUCUACGCAGUAGGUGGACAUGAUGGAAAUGAACACUUAGGAAGCAUGGAAGUAUUUGAUCCUCUCACAAACAAGUGGAUGAUGAAGGCAUCAAUGAACACAAAGAGGAGAGGCAUUGCCCUGGCGUCCCUGGGUGGCCCCAUUUACGCCAUCGGGGGCUUGGAUGACAACACGUGCUUCAGCGACGUGGAGCGCUAUGACAUUGACUCGGAUCGCUGGAGCGCCGUGGCUUCCAUGAACACUCCCCGGGGAGGCGUCGGCUCCGUGGCCCUGGUGAACCAUGUUUACGCCGUGGGUGGCAAUGAUGGUGUAGCAUCUCUUUCCAGUGUGGAGAAAUACGAUCCCCACUUGGAUAAGUGGAUAGAAGUAAAAGAGAUGGGUCAGCGAAGGGCUGGGAAUGGUGUCAGUGAGCUCCACGGCUGCUUGUAUGUUGUGGGUGGCUUUGAUGACAACUCACCCCUGAGCUCAGUGGAACGGUUUGACCCACGCUGUAACAAAUGGGAAUACGUGGCAGAGCUCACAACUCCAAGGGGUGGUGUUGGCAUAGCAACACUGAUGGGAAAAAUUUUCGCAGUUGGAGGCCAUAAUGGCAAUGUGUACCUGAAUACAGUGGAAGCAUUUGAUCCCAUAGUGAACAGGUGGGAACUUGUGGGCUCAGUGUCACACUGCAGGGCAGGGGCGGGUGUGGCCGUGUGCUCCUGUCUCAGCAGCCAGAUCCGGGAUGUGGGCCAAGGAUCCAGCAACGUUGUGGAUUGCAUGUGACCUCUGCUGCCGCCUCCAAAUUCCAAAGGAAUGCUACAAGGGAGGCACUGCAGAGCUUUGUUUUGUAUGGUAGGUUAAGGAAUAAAUCCAGUACAUUUUCUUUGUGAAAAUGGUAUUUUCUGCAACUGUAAAGCUUUUGGUGGCUUUCUAUCAAUAGUGAUACAGAAAAGCCUGUGAAAACAUGGAAUAAAAGUGUGACUCACAGGAACAAAACCUGCCAAGAACUGCAAUCAUCCCAUUUUUGAGAAGCUGCAAUUUCAAAAUCAUUUGAGGCAGCUGUUGCAAGGACUCAAUAUUGAACUGUAAAUCAGGCAUGUGGUAAGGAGAGCAGCAGCAGCUACUGCUGCUGAGCUUCCCCCAGCAGCCCUGCUACAUGUUCUUUGGAGGACUGGAGUGACAUUUUAUUUAACUUAUUUUCUGGAAUGGAGUCUUAAACGUUUCCCAAUUGUACAAGAGCUUUGUAACAGAAGGUGUCUCUAGUUUUAGAAGUAACAACAUCAAUGAUGUACACUGAGAUAACUGAGGCAGAGAAGUUCACUGCUUACCUCUCUAGGGAAUGCUGGCAGCAGUAGAAAUUGCAGGGAUUGUGUCUGAAAAUUGUCUUUCAAAGUACUUUCUCAAGCUAAUAAACAUGUUAGAAAGCUGGAAAGAUUCUUGACCUGAAUUUAGCCGCUGGAAUACUGCCAUUCCCUAGUCUUCCAUAAAAUGUGUAGUUACUACCCCCCCUUUCCAAAGGAGAGUUUCUGUUGAGAGGUCCUUCCUGAAGUAACCAGUAUAAUUUGUCCUAUUUUGAGAUGGUAGUGUGUGAAAAUGUAGACUUCAGUGGUGUUUGAAUCACCAUUUUUAUAGAAAAUGGAAAUUCAUAAUUAAAUUUGUGGUAUUCUGUAAAACUUUUUAACUGCAACUCUAGAAGACUUGACCAAUUUCUGUAUCCAGAAGCAGCUCUGGUAACAUUCUCAAGUUACUUGCUCUUUUAAGGGAGCAGAUAAAUAACCUCAAAACCUUAAAUGAACCAAAGAGAGUCAGCAAGACAGAUAAUUGGGAAUAAACCAGUACUUCCAUCAAAAAUUGAGAUAGCAAUGCAAUAGCCCUGCAUACAAAGAUGUCUUCUUAUGCCAUUACAAACCCUGAAUCCCGAGUAAAGUCCUGCAGGAAAGACUGCAGAUUCCUGUUCCUGCAUCACCUUGAACAGAUCAACAACUGGCAAUUCUUUGUGACCAAAGUUUCACAAUUACCAGAUUGUUCCAAAUGCCCAGGGAGAGCAGCAAACUUCUCUGUAUUCAGGACCUGGAAGAGGCAGGACAGCAGGAGUGAGGAGGCACAGUCGUGUUUUUCUAAGUUGCCAUCAUUUGGCUUUCCUGACCAAAAUGGCUUUGCACUUUGGUGCACUUUUUGCACAUAGGGACAAAUGGAACGGUACUGUAAAUAAUGAAAUAUUGCAAUAAAACGUUUGUACUUCAAAGCACCUCAUUUGUUGUAUGUCUGGAGCAUACUGGUGCUGGGAACCAUUAGA